GCAAAUGUAUGCUAUGAACCCAAAUGAAAGAGAAAAGUAUUAUUUACAUUUGCUUCUUAAUUAUAUUAAAGGUGCUAUUUCCUUUACUGAUUUAAAAAGAGUUGGAGAUUAUUUAUGUGCAACUUUUCAGGAAAGUGCAUUAAAAUAUGAGAUUAUAAAAAUUGAAAAUCUGUAUAAUAGUGCUAUGCAAGAAGCUGCACAAUUUUAA